GAACUUUGCUCGCAGGCGAGAGACUGGGAGGACCCGAGCGCUUGGGAGUGUGGGGGGAGGCUUAUAACCUACACCAUGGAUAACUUAUUGGACUUUGCCUGAAAGGAGUCAUUAGUGCCAUUGGAUAUUUGACCAUCCUGGCCACAGGUUUUUCAAAAUGAAUGGAAGGUCAUGCAGCAUGAGUCUCCACCGGACACUGGGAACCCCACAGGGGCCCGGGAUGAUCAGUGGCCAACACAUUCCUCCCAUCCGAGCCCACUCGGGGACUCCUGGCCCCUCGCCCUGUGGCAGCACACCAAGCCCCGCUAUCGGAAGCCUUGCUAACAACCUCCAUCUCAAGAUGCCCUCUGGAGGAGGGAUGGCUCCUCAGAACAACGUGGCUGAGAGCCCCAUCCAUCUGCCUGCCUUGAGCCCCAGGAGACAAGUGCUCACCAAUGGGAAGCCGCGAUUCCAGGUUACCCAGGCUGGAGGCAUGUCAGGGUCACACACUUUAAAGCCAAAGCAGCAGGAGUUUGGAAGCCCUUUUCCUCCUAAUCCUGGGAAAGGGGCUCUUGGCUUUGGGCCUCAGUGCAAGUCCAUUGGAAAAGGCAGCUGCAACAAUCUAGUGGUCACCAGCAGUCCCAUGAUGGUUCAGCGACUGGGACCCAUUUCACCUCCAGCAAGCCAGGUCUCUACAGCAUGCAACCAGAUCAGUCCUAGCUUACAGAGGGCAAUGAAUGCAGCCAACCUGAAUAUACCUCCUUCAGAUACCAGGUCCCUGAUUUCGCGUGAGUCUUUGGCGUCCACGACUCUGAGUCUGACGGAAAGUCAGUCGGCCUUGAGUGUGAAACAAGAGUGGUCUCACGGCUACAGGGCUCUCCCUUCGCUUUCCUCCAACCACGGCUCUCAGAACGGCAUCGAUCUAGGAGACCUCCUUAGCCUUCCUCCCGGGACACCCAUGCCCAGCAAUAGUGUCUCUAACUCAUUGCCAUCCUACCUUUUUGGCAUGGAAAAUAGCCACUCUCCUUACCCUAGUUCUCGGCACUCCUCCACCAGGUCCCACUCGGCCCGCUCUAAGAAGAGAGCACUGUCCCUGUCCCCGCUGUCGGAUGGCAUCGGGAUAGACUUCAAUACCAUCAUCCGCACGUCGCCCACCUCCUUGGUCGCCUACAUCAACGGGUCAAGGGCUUCCCCAGCCAACAUGUCCCCGCAGCCGGAGGUCUACGGGCACUUCCUGGGGGUGCGCGGCAGCUGCAUUCCCCAGCCGUGCCCGGUGCCCAGCGGCCAGAAGGGCGUGCUGGCGGCCCACGGCGAGGACGGCGCGCUGGAGUGCGGCGGCCUCCAGCCCGGCCUGCUCAACAGCAUGGUGGUGCAGCACGGCCUGCCGGGCCCCGACGGCCAGCCGGCCGGCCUGCUCAAGACCGAGCGCCUGGAGGAGUUCCCGGGCGGCGCCCUGGACCUGCCCCCCGCGGCCCCGCUCCCUCCCCUGCCGCCGCCGCAGGGCCCCCCGCCGCCCUACCACGCGCACCCGCACCCGCACCCGCACCUCCACCACCCGGAGCUCGUGGCCCCGCCCCAGGCCGCCCUGGACGACGACGGGGAGAUGGACGACGGCGGGGGCAAGCACUGCUGCCGCUGGAUAGACUGCGGCGCCUUGUACGACCAGCGGGAGGAACUGGUGCGGCACAUCGAGAAGGUCCACAUAGACCAGCGCAAAGGCGAGGACUUCACUUGCUUCUGGGCGGGGUGUCCUCGAAGGUACAAGCCCUUCAACGCCCGCUACAAACUGCUCAUCCACAUGAGGGUCCACUCCGGGGAGAAGCCCAACAAGUGUACGUUUGAAGGUUGCAAGAAGGCCUUUUCAAGGCUUGAAAAUCUCAAGAUCCACCUGCGGAGCCACACGGGCGAGAAGCCGUAUUUGUGCCAGCAUCCGGGCUGUCAGAAGGCAUUCAGUAACUCCAGCGACCGUGCCAAACACCAGCGGACACAUCUGGACACUAAACCUUAUGCUUGUCAAAUUCCAGGAUGUACCAAACGCUACACAGACCCAAGCUCCCUAAGAAAGCAUGUGAAGGCACAUUCUUCCAAAGAUCAACAAGCAAGGAAAAAGUUGCGUUCCAGCACAGAACUCCAUCCAGACCUGCUCACGGAUUGCCUCACUGUGCAGCCUCUGCAGCCGGCCACUUCCCCGAGAGAUGCUGCUGCAGAGGGGACUGUGGGAUGCUCUCCCGGGCCUGGGCCUGACCUCUAUCCAGCUCCCAUUUUCUCCAGCAAUCAUUCAAGCCGAAGUGGAACAGCUGCUGGGGCCGUGCCACCCCCACAUCCUGUCAGUCACCCUUCUCCGGGACAUAAUGUACAGGGGAGCCCGCACCACCCCUCCUCCCAGUUACCUCCACUCGCAGCUGUGGACGCGGGCGCUGAGAGGUUUGCACCUCCUGCUCCAUCUCCUCACCACAUCAGCCCCCGGAGAGUCCCAGCUCCUUCUUCAAUACUGCAGAGGACACAGCCUCCCCAUACCCAGCAGCCUUCAGGCUCUCACCUGAAGUCCUACCAAGCAGAAACAAACUCUUCUUUUCAACCAAAUGGUAUCCAUGUCCAUGGAUUUUAUGGGCAGCUGCAGACGUUCUGCCCCCCACAUUACCCCGAGUCCCAGAGAACCGUGCCGCCUGGCAGCUCCUGCAGUGUGGUGCCUUCCUUCGAGGACUGCCUGCUCCCCACAUCCGCGGGCCAGGCUGGUUUUGAUGUUUUCCACAGAGCCUUCUCGACUCACUCGGGCAUUACAGUGUAUGAUUUGCCUUCCGGUUCCUCAGGCCUCUUCGGGGAGUCUCUCCGCAGCGAUCCUGACGACGCCGCAUUCCUGCAGCUCAGCGCUGCGGACCGUUGUCCCAGCCAGCUCUCCUCUGUCCACACGGAAGGCUAAACGCUCCCCGGGCCCCUCCUGCGCAUCUAGAACCGUCUUGUUGCUUGUCACCUUUUGUUCUCACACCCUCACAGCCUGCACCAGGAAGGAUGUCAACCCAAUCAGCAGGACCUGCGGAGUCGCUGACGUGUCUUUGGAAGGCAGGACCCGACGGUCAGAGCUAGCUUUGCAGGAAUGUGUGCGGUUGCUCCUUUUCCUCUCCGGGUCUGCUGGACCCGGUGACCAGCAGCACUGUCUUCUCAAAGGGAAUUUAGAGUCUCAGUCUACUGGAUACCUGUUAGUUCCUGGCUGGCAACCCUCAAAGGACACCAAUGAAAUGAUGUGCGUGUGAAAAUGCAGUUUGGGGAUGACCCUGGCUGAAUACUCCAAAAAGGGAAGGACAACCCAGUCGCCAGAGACACGGUGGGCUGCCUCACCCAGCACUCGCCCUCACUGCUGGCCGGGGCAGAGCCCGGCACGUGAGGGAAAUCCGCGUCCAAAGCAUAGUGUGGUCUCGACUCCUGGAAACUCCCCGGAUUUCGCUUUCCUCUUAGAUAGUCCCAUGCUAACCCACGGCUUCUCAGUGUUUCUCCCACAGCAAAAUACGGUUUUAUAU